GUGCACCGCACUUGCCCAUCCAUUUUACUAGCAGAGAGAAAUGUCGAGAAAACUCAAGAAUUGAGGGGGGGAGAGAGAGAGAGAUGUUGAGAAGAAAGCCCACCAAAAUCGAAGUUAAAGUUGAAGACAAAGAAGAAAUCGAAGAAGCCCGCAGGCGCUCCACCGCCGCAUCCGCCACCGGUACCGGCGCGGCCACUCUCCUCCAACACUUUGACCGGUCCUUGAAAGACCCCUCUUCCAAAUCCCACCGAAUCGGCCUCUCCUCCUAACCCUAACCCUAGUAAGUUUAGAAAUCAAUGGAGGUGGAAGUGAAGCCUCGUCUGGCUGUCUCCGUCGCCCACCAGAAUCUCGUCUCUAUCCUCUCACCCUUCCACCGCCAGACCCACCACCAAUACAACACCUUCUUCGACGGCGCCGCCUCCGAGCUCUCCUCUCGCGGCGCCGUCCUCCGCCUCCGCUUCUAUGACCAUGAUGCCAAGUGCGUCGUCUGUCUCAAAGCCAAAUCUGUGCUGGUCGACGGCGUGAGCCGUGUCGAGGGGGAAGAGGAGGAGAUGAACCCCCUGCUCGGCCGCGACUGCGUGGCGGACCCCUCCAAGCUUGCUUCGGUGGAUUUGAGGAUUAUGAAGAGGGUGAGAGAUGAGUUUGGGGUUGUUGGUGGAGGAGGAGGAGGAGGGUUUGUGUGUUUGGGUGGGUUUAGGAAUGUUAGGGGAGUUUAUGACUGGAAUGGAUUGAAAUUGGAGGUCGAUCAGACAAUGUAUGAUUUUGGUACUUGUUAUGAGACCGAAUGCGAGAGUGCAGACCCCGACAAGGUCAAGAAUUUGAUUGAGGAGUUUCUCAAGGAUAAUGGGAUUCAUUAUUCUUACUCAGAGGCUUCAAAGUUUGCAAUUUUCCGAUCGGAGAAGUUGCCACAGUAAGUCAAUUCUAAGGCUUUUUUUUUUUUUUUUUUUUUUUUUAAAUGUUUGUUAUUGUUUGAAUAAGAGCUUUAUCACAAUUUAUCAUCAUUGGAUGUAUUUAUGGGUAUUUUGGGUUCUCUCUCUUGUAUGUUAGUUGGAAUUUGUUGGAUUGGUUCUGUCUACAUAAAGGUAUGGAAAAUUCAGCUAUUUAGGCCCUUCUUAACAUUAGAUAGCAACAUCCUGAAUAAAACAUUGCAAUUUGCAAACAAUAUAAUGGAUCUUUUGGAUUAUGUUUGUGUAUUCACUUGUCUGAAUAAAAGCUUUAGAUCUGCCAGAUUGGCGAUAUUUA